AUGGCGGACGAUAGAGAACGUAUACCACAUGAUUUACGCAAUCUACGUGCUUGUUUAGUAUGCUCAUUAAUUAAAAGUGCUGGUAUGUUUGAAGAGGAUGGUUGUGACAAUUGCGAAGAAUUUCUUCCUAUGAAAGGCAACGGUGAACUUGUUUAUGAAUGUACAUCAAGCAAUUUUGAAGGAAUGAUUGCACUAAUGCAUCCAGAAGAAUCAUGGGUUGCGAAAUGGCAACGCAUAGCACAUCAUGUGAAAGGAAUGUAUGCUAUUUCAGUGACUGGCACAUUACCAAAACGUAUUCAACGUGAACUUGCUCAAAACGGUCGUCCAAUUCGUAGCCGUGACGUUAGUUUAAAAACAUAA